AUGCGCUCCUUCCAGCAAAUCAUCGUCGCGCUCUUUGCGCUCCUCGUCUGCGCCUUCGCCCAGGACAACGAGCAGUACGAUGCCACCGUCUACGUCACCUCGACUGUCUACCGCAUCAACACCAUUACCAUGUCCGGCGCAUCGCCCACCGCGUCUGUCGCAAACAUGACCUCUACCAUCUCCGCCGCGCAAGCCCCCGCCUACCCCACCAACGGCACUUCCAUCGUCCAGCCUUCUGGCACUGGUGUUCAGCCUAGCCAGAGCCAGUUCACUGGCGCUGCAUCGGCCUUGACUGCUCAGGCGUACGUCGCCGCGCUCGUCGCUGGUGUUGGAUACCUCGUUCUUUGA